AUGCCAUCGACUACCAUUUGGCAAGACCGUGAUAUACGAUUCGAUGUGAAUCCACGAUUGCUACGUUUGAUUUCCGGUGAAUAUCUCGUGGAUCGUAUUGAUGGUGUCGAGGAUACCAAAGGAAAUUCUGGAGAUAAGGGUAUCCUCCGGAUAACAAAUUUAAGACUUACGUGGCAUAUAACUGCUAUACCACGCAUCAAUCUAAGCCUCGGAUACAAUACGGUAACUGGAGUGACUACAAGAAUUGCAAAAUCAAGGAUUCGUGGACAGAGUGAAUCACUUUAUUUGUUAGCUCGUCAUAUAAAUGGUCGAUUUGAAUUCAUCUUCACAUGCAUCAAUCCAUCCCAGACAAAGCUUUUUACGACAGUGAUAACUAUUCAUCGAGCUUAUGAAACAUCGAAACUUUAUCGAGAGUUGAAAAUGCGUGGUGCUCUAGUAAAUGAUGAACAGCAUCUUCGAAUCUUACCUGAAGAACAACAAUGUGAUCGUUUUGAUGGCGUGUGGAACUUAGGCAAUGAUCAAGGAACACUUGGUGUUAUGAUACUUACUAAUAUUCGUAUUGCAUGGUUUGCAAUAACAAAUAUAAUGUAUAAUGUGAGUAUACCAUAUUUGCAAGUACAGCAUUGCCGUAUACGUAAUUCACGUUUCGGUCUUAUUUUAGUCAUUGGAAUUUCUGCCGUCAAUAAGGAAUACGUUCUUGGUUUUCGUACUGAUCCGGAAGAACGACUCAAAAAUAUUUGCAAAACGAUAUGUGCACUUCAGAAAACUUAUAUGACAAAACCUAUUUUCGGUGUACAAUAUGUUCGAGAAAGACCGGGUACUCCUCAGGCAAUAGGAGAUGUAAUGAAGUUGGUGGAUGAAGAUAUUGAGCUUGAUGAUCGACCACUUCGAUCCGAUGCAUAUGCUGCUUAUUUCUCAGAUGGUGUUGUUAGUGGACAAGUUCGGCCACCAGUUUACUCAGAAGAGCUUGGAGUAGCCAUCGAAGAACUCAAACCAGGAUUUACUCUCGCUGAUCUAUGGAAGAUUCAUGUAGAUUAA